UUUCCCCCCGGGUUGAAGCAGACGCACGCGCUCUUUCGAACCGUUUGCCUCGUUUGAAAUCGCGUGGAAAACCUCCUGCCCAACUGACCAGACAGUUUCAACAUUUACUUCGGUUUUUGCGUUUACCCAGUGACUAUCGUAUUUCGUUUCGUGGCCGAAUUGACUCGGGAAAUAAAAAUUAGCCUCUCUUAAGUUACGCCUGUUUUUUUAUAUUUAUUUAUAACCACUGAAUAUUUAUAUUUGUAACACAACGCGUGCACACACGAGUGCGUGAAACACACGUUUAUUCUGGAGUUACGAACGAGACGAGGAAGACUCAACGAUCCGAUUAUUAUUCAAUUUGCGAUUCACAGUGCGGUUCGACGAAAUUUACAAAAUUUGAAAUUUUUUUAUGAAAUUGACAAGUGGGAGGAGCAAUUUGCCACUGAAAGCUCGACUCUUGGCGUUUGAAAUUUCGAUAAAUUUUGGGACAUCAUUCUGUGAGUGAUAUGGCGCAGCUGAUAAGUGUCAAGCUGUCGAGAUUCGACGGCUCGCCAUGGGGAUUUCGUCUGCAGGGCGGCAAGGACUUUGGCACCCCCUUAAUUGUCCAGAAGGUAAACAAUGGAUCACCGGCGGAGGCGGCGGGUCUGCGUGCCGGUGAUGCAGUCAUCAAAGUAAACAACACGGAAAUGUUCAGUCUGAGGCACAAAGACGCCCAGGAUGUCAUUGUUAGAGCUGGCAACAGCUUCGAAGUGACCGUGCAAAGGGGUGGAAGCACGUGGAGGCCAAGUGUUUCACCUGUUACACCUUCGAUUCCGUCGCCACAACCCCAUAUGCCUGUCGGCAAUAUUUCCCCCGUUACGAAGACAUCACUCGCCGCGAAAAAGCCGGAGGGACCGCUCAUUGGUAGUGGCCACAACUUCAGUCCAAAACCUUUUUUGAAUGGAAGCAGUGACGCUGGAGCCAUAAAAUCAAUCGUAAACAAGCAGUACAACAGCCCAGUUGGCAUCUACAGCGAGCAGACAAUAGCCGAGACUCUUUCAGCGCAAGCUGAAGUGUUGGCAGGUGGUGUGCUUGGUGUAAACUUCAAGAAAAAUGAGAAAAACUACAAUGCACAGAACAGCGAGGUAUUCAAAAUGGUACAGGAGGCCGACAAGGAGCCGAGGAGUCCCGAGCCUGUUCCUUCCCGCACGGAGUUUUACUCGUCUGUGAGCAAGGCUAUUGGCGGCCAUGCAACCUCACCACGCUCGCCAACCCCCAUUGGCCGUGCAAUGGGCUACAGUCAUCCAGCCCUAUCAAUCGCCUCAUCACAUCGUGAUGACGGCCAUUCCAACGACGAACAGCUUCGUCUUGAGCAGUCAUCGCGAGCCUCAUCGACGUCAGACAAACGCGAGACAUACGAGACGACUUUUUGCCACGGCUGCGACUGCCGAAUUGUUGGAGUCUUUGUGAGGAUCAAGGAGAAGAAUCUUCACGUUGAGUGCUUCAAGUGUUCAACGUGCGGCACUUCGUUGAAGAACGUGGGGUACUACAACAUUAAUAAUAAGUUGUACUGUGACAUACAUGCAAAACUCGUCGCCAGACAACAGGCACCAGCUGGAUAUGUACCAAUUACAGUGCCACCAGGUGGAAAGGCCCCCGCCGGAACCAUUUCCGCAGCCCUAGGAAAUUUGACUUGUCCAAAGUCUCCACCACUGAACAAUGGCACCACCGUGGCACCUGCACUCUCGACAAUCUGUCGCCCAACCUCGGACCACGGUAAGCCAGCGAGAAGCUACUACCGCCCAAGUGAAUUUACACCCACAAACGGUCACGCAAACGGCUGCAUCGAGAAGGACAUAUUCGACGAGAAGACCUUCACAAGCACAAUAACAAUUAGAACAGGAAGCGAGGUUGUAAGCAAGGAAGAGUGCCCCGAUAACAAUCGAAUAAAAACUAACAAAAGACCCACUGUGACGAGUAAGAUUCCGGCAUUGCGAAUCGAAGAGAACAAAUCGCCACCACUAGUUUUCGAUCCUGUUAUAAACGAUGGGAAGAGUGAAAAAGCUGUUGUUGGUACUUACGCCAUUCCCAGAUACCCCAUCACUAACAAUCCCACCAAGUCUCGAGUCCAAAUAACCACCGUAAAAAGACAAAAUGACGUGAAAAAGCCUGAGAACCCAACCAGCAGAGACAAGACCGACUUUUCAAAGACUGACAUGGACCCAAUGGAUUACAACACCUACUUGACCAAUCACAAGCAAAAAUUCAGCCAAGUUAUAUCGGCGAUGAUAAAUGGUGAGGACAAUAACAACAGGACAAUGUCAAAGUACACAAAUAACGACACGCGACUGAAGAAUGAGAUCAAUCACUCAUUUCCGAUAAACUUCCACACGUCCUCGAGCUCCCUAGCCACCUUCCUCCUAGCACAUCGCACCACUCACCCUGAAACCCUGCCAGCAUCACCAACAACGCCCCCAGACUCGUCAUCCUCGUCGAUAUCUUCGUCUCCAAUACCACCAAUCACCACAAGGACCAAUCACUUUGGCAUUCCGCCCAUCGAUACACCCAGUUUUCAUCCAGUACAGACACCGUCGAGUAAUAUCGGAGGUCCCAAGCCCUUCAGCGGAUCCAGGGUAGCUCCACCAAACUUCUCGUCGCCUCCAGUCUCCAACUCCGCAGUCAACAAUUUCAAUCGUCCUCAGAGUCAGACAGUCACUGGUCGUUACUCUGGCCUGCCAAAAGGUUUUCCCUUGAGAGGAUUCAUAGAUUUUAAGCUUUACCGCUUGUCCCACAGCUUACUCACCAAGUAUCUUUAUUUUUCUCUCUUCACCCGCACUAAUUGCCUCAAUCAAUCGCAAAUACUAAUGCGCCCUCAAAAAAUCGACUUGUGUUCUUGUGACUUGCAUUCUCUGCAUACUCGCCAAUUAAUCCCCUCGUCCCCCCAUUCCUUUGAAAAACAAAACAAACAACCAAACAAAAAACCUCACCAAUCACCAUCAAAAGAAUCUUACUCGGAGUGUAAUUACUACGAGGAGGUGAUAGAGGAGCCGCGCUCUCGUCAGGAAGAGCACUCAAGGCCGCCUUCCUCGGUGAAGGGCAAAACGUUAAAUUGGCCACCAGCGAAAUCGCUGGAGGACGUGACAUAUCCAACAGCGAGUCCCAUCUGGAUUGAUCCAAAUCCAGUGCUCCACCGUCAGCCCCGCCAGAACGUGCGUGAAAAACGCGUUUGCCUUCAGGAGGCCUGUUGCCGGAGUCAAAGCGUCAGUCGUAACGAGGACUGCGAGUACGAGAGGGAAUUGGCCUGCUGGGGAGAGGACAACAUGGACAAGGCAAACAGCAAUGCCCCUUUUUAUCGAAAAACGGAGAGCUGCAUGGAGACGCGCCGAGAAUGUCGAGCCUCGAGUCUGCCGCGUCCCGAGUCAGCCGAGGGAUCGAGAAGAUCGUUGACACCGACGAGGAUUAAUCAGCCAACACCAAAACCUUGGACUGCGACGGUCAGCAGUGGUGCCUACAGCCACGUAGAAGCUCCUCAAGUACCGGAUCCACCGGUUUGUAAAGUCUGCACCUGCAGAAUUGUUUGCGAAAAAACAUCUGGGCCGUCCGGUGCCGAGCACGAGCAAGAGCAUCAUUAUCAUAAAGUGGUUUGUGAUCUCUGCAAACCGCCGACUCCUGAACCAGAGCCGCAACCAAUCUGUCUGUACGAGCAAGAAGCUGAAGAGGUUCAGGAGGUCGUCGAGGAAACGGAAAACGAGACGAUAGACCUGUCGAAGCUAGUUCCCGAGGACGUGGCGAUCUGCCCCAAGGGUGUGGAGAGCCAGCACAAUAUGUACACUGAGACCAUGGAGAAGGACGAGGGAAACCUUCACAUCAAGAAGACAACGAUCUACGAGAAGACAGUUGAAGUCGUAACUCCAGAGCGCGGCAUGUCGCCAGCGCCGGAUUCAGACGCGGGGAGACAAUCAGCGACAUCAAUGGCGGAUCGCGAGGUCGCGGGAUUUUCCGGUCGGCAGGAGUGCGUUCAAGCGGCGAGUGUCAUCACCUCGGCGAUCAACACGAAUCGCCAGCUCGAUGAACUUCGAAAACAGGAGGACGAGCGACGAAGGAUUUACGAGGAGGAAUGCAGACGCGAGGAGGAGAGGAUCAGAAGAGAAGCGGAGGAGGAGAAGUGUCGGGAGGAGAACCGUUUGAGGAUCUUACGAGAAGAGAAGGAAGCCAAAGCCAGAAGAAUAGAAGAAUCGAGAAAGCAGACUGAAAAGUGCUGUCGUCUCGAAGAGGAGGAGCGCAAGCACGUCAGCUUCUCCGAGAAGUCUAGACACGAAGACGUGCAACAGCCGAUCAAGUCCUGGCAAGAGCAGCAGUACAUGCGAGAGGAGAGGAACGACGCAGACAGCAGCAUGAGGUCUCAAGAGUGUUACCGAUCUGUUAAAAAACAGGUGCAGGUUCAGGACAGCUACAAUCAGAUCGAAGAGGAGCAGCGUCAGUGCUUACGGGAGCAAGUGGAGAUUCACAAGUCUCUCCGUCAGCAGCAGCCGAUUUCUGAGCGUCAGCCGUCGCUCCAAGAGCGCCGCCUUCAGAAACGAUUCCGACCGCAGUCAGCUGAGGAAAUGGCUGCCCUGCAGGAGCCAGUUUGCCAGCGGAAACACGUGCAAUUCGUCACGGAUUCCGAUGCCGGUAUUCGUCAGCUGCCCCAGUCGACGGUGAAGAAUACCACGCCGAAGGAGUACAAAACCCCAAUGUGCGAUGCCCUGACGACAGCGCCCGCGAGGUCGUACUCGCCGUUCCACCCCGGGGUUGGCAAAACGGAGGAACUGAAGCAUUACUCAACGGAGAUUCGGUAUCAGGAGAUUUCUCAUCAGGCACCGCCGCCACAGCAGGAGUACUACAAGGGCCCUUACGAAAGGCCCGUCUCGCCCUUCACUGACGCCCUCAUCAUCGCCCCAGAUCGUCCUUACACCCCCUUGGGGGAAGAGGUCAAGGGUGUCUUUCCCGUUGACAAGCCAGACGCGGCUCGUCCUUACACUCCGAUAAACCAGCAGCAGGAGGGCUACUGUCACCCUGCGGAGAUCCUCUACACCGAUUCCUCGACUCGGCAAUCAAGAACUAGAGAGAGAAGCCUGAGAAAAGUGGAGGGUCCCAGACCUCUGCCCACGCCCCCGCCAGAUUACAGACUGAGGGACUCCUCGAUCUCCCCCGCGAGGUCCCUCUCGCGUCCGACAACCCCGGCAGAAUGUAAAGUCAGGUCUGGCGGCCUCAAGAAACCUGACACAAUUCCGUUCUAUCAGAAGCAUCUGGUGGCGGUCGAGCAGGAAGCUGUCGCCAGUACUCCAUACGUCCCGAGUAGAUCGCCAACUCCCCACAGAAAAUCGCCAGCUCCCGGACCCCCAGAUCCUCCCGCGUACUACACCCGAGCGCAAGCUCCGAGGAUCCGCGAUCCCCCCCAGCAAUCCUGUCAAAGGAGCGCUCAGCAGCUUCCUCCGUACUCAGGACCGUACGAAAAAGUAUCUUAUCAUAUGGAGGAAGAUACGCCUCAGGGCCACAGAUCCUCCGACUUCGUGGGAACCCGUUCGUCUUAUCAUCAGGAAUCAUCGGGCAAUGAGUCCUACUCCUGCCAGUAUCAACGUCGAGAAGAGGAGAAGAGAGUGGAGAAGACUUCAUGUCAGGAAAAGCGGAUUGAGGAGAGACGAUGCUACCAGGAGACCUCGGAGGACGAGGGAGAGACCUGCGGCAUCUCCAAAAUCUCGCGUACCCAGCCGUCCCUGCCGUGUCCGAUAAGCCACUCCGCAAUAUCCGAUCGCAUUCAGAGGACCGGAGUGAAAGUCCUGCCGACGCCUGCCGUGAACACCAGCUCCCAGAUUUCAGAGACUCGUAGAAUUUGCCAUCAGGAACGCAACACGAGUUCCUACAGUUCUCAGAAACAAGAGAGCACCUGCGCGAAUACUGGAGUGACUGUCCUCCCGUGUAGAGCGAUCACAGACACGGGUGCCAGCAGAGCUGGAGUAGUGAUCGUCCCCUGCGAGGGGGCUGAAACCUCCCAGACGUGUCCGCGAGCCGGAAUCUGCGUUACUCCGACUCCGGACAGAUCCGGUUUGUGCGUCUCGCCCGCUUUGCACGGCAGAUCAGCCGCCAAGUGCACUGGGGAGAAAGGGAUUCGCUCUGGUGGGUCCGAGAUCGAUAUCGGAAAUUGUCCGGCGUCCGGAGUCCGCGUGGGCACUUGCACCGACGGAUCGGUCUGCGUGGCUCCCUGCAAAGUGCCGGGAUUCGCUCCUGUCUCCUGCCCGAAGCCAGCGCAGAAGCCGAAGUGUCCGCUGAGCAAACCCGUUCCCUUCCCUCACAUACCUCUCCCCGACGAGCCACAAGUCGAGCCCUGCGAUGUGUGUCCGCUUAAAAAGCAGCAAGAAAGCUUUCCGCCAAUAAAACAACAACAACAGCAGCAGCCUCGCACAACUCUCAGCCAGCAGCUUACAUGCAUGACUGUAAAACGCGACAAACAAGUUGUUCAUUUGUUCAAAUCCCAAGCAGAAGCCUCGGAGCAGUGUGACGAUGGCCUCCAUUGCGAGCCCCGUGAGCCGCAAAAGAACAGCUGCUCUGACGGCCUCCAUUGCGAGCCGCGUAAGAACAGCUGCUCUGACGGCCUCCAUUGCGAGCCGCGUAAGAACACUUGCUCCGAUGGCAAACACUGCGAACCCGAGACAUAUCGACCUGAACCAACCCUAUCGCGCGCACCCUAUGCCCCCCAACCAUUUAGUAAAACCCAGAACUUAGUAGACCCACCAAAUUUGUCGUCCCAACCGGAUUUAGGUAGCGGUGUCGGUGGAAUUGGGCCACAGGGUAGAAAGUUCGCCGGAAGCUCAGCCCCCAAGCGUGGAAAGGGAAUUCUCAAUCAGGCCGCAACUGGACGCCAGCCCGUAUGUGGACAUUGUCAGGCAUACGUCAGGGGUCCCUUCAUCACCGCCCUCGGCCAAAUUUGGUGUCCCGAGCACUUUGUCUGCGUGAACUCUCAGUGCCGUCGCCACCUCCAGGAUAUUGGCUUCGUCGAGGAGAAGGGCCAGCUCUACUGCGAAUACUGCUUCGAGCGCUUUAUCGCCCCUUCAUGCAACAAGUGCAACAACAAGAUCAAGGGUGAUUGUCUCAAUGCAAUUGGCAAACACUACCAUCCGGAGUGCUUCAACUGCACCUACUGUGGCAAAUUAUUUGGCAACAGUCCGUUCUUCCUUGAGGAGGGUCUGCCGUACUGCGAGGCCGAUUGGAACGAACUAUUUACGACGAAAUGCUACGCCUGUGGCUUCCCGGUUGAGGCUGGGGAUCGCUGGGUGGAGGCAUUGAAUAACAAUUAUCACAGCCAGUGCUUCAAUUGCACGAUGUGCAAGAAAAAUCUGGAAGGACAGAGCUUCUACGCCAAAGGUGGUCGUCCCUUCUGCAAAAAUCACGCACGCUAGAGCACCUUGAAAUCCUGCCUCAAAUGUUGAGAACAAAUAAUAAAAAACGAGAAAAUAAUGAAAACGAUAAGUGAAAGUACUACGAAUAACAUCGAUUAUAGAACGCUAUUUAAAUUCAUUUUUCUUCGAUACCAAUGUGAAUUCACUAACCCAAACAUGCGAUACGGGGGUACACCUCGUUGAAUUGAAAUUAAAUACUGGUUAACGCUUGAGUACGUUGAGCUCAAAAGUAUCCUGAAGCGAUACUUUACCAAUUUUUUUUUGGCUUCAGUGACGGAGGACACAAUCGAAAUCCUCUCGAUAUUUAAUUUGCAAAUCUGAAUAAUGUAACGUGAAUAUUACGGUAAAAAAUACUUCGCUAUAAUAUUACUCCACAAAAUAUUCAAUUCAAUUAUUUAUUUCCUCUUUCCCUUUUCAGAAUAACAAUAAUAAUAAAAGAACUUGAACAAUUACAACAAAUUUGUCUUUCGCCUCAACCCUUUUGAUGUAUAAAUAUUAUUUGAAAUUACAAUAUAUAAUUUUAUCUUUGUAGCAAUUCAACGGGACAAACCAUUAUUCCAAUUCAGUAGCGAAGUGGUAAACCGGUUUAAGUCGAUUUUGACUAUUGGCCAGUUUUUAGUGAAUAUCUCGGAAUCGAAGGGAGAUAGCUAAAUUUUUAUCACGACCUAUUUUAUAGCACUUAAUUUACUGUAGAAAAAACGUUAUUACGAAUAUUUCAUUAUCUCCUUUAGAUCCUAAGAUAUUCGUCAAAAACUUAACUAAGAGCUAAGUCGACUUAAACCGUUUUACCAGUUCGCUACUGAAUUAAUAAUUAAUACAAUGACAUUUGUGUCAAAGUUUCAAAUGACCGAAUGAUAAGAGAAAUAAUUGACUGACCGAUUGUGUCGGAGAUUGAGAAGGAAGAGAGCGAGGUGUCUCGCAUGAGAUGAGAAGCAACAUCUCAUCGUCGAAGCACAAGCGACACAUUUCGUCAAUUUACUAAAUUAUUCCAAUAGUUUUGAAUAACUUCAACUCAUCACACAGGCGUGAAGCUACUAUUACAGAAAUGUUUUCUCUUCAACGAAUUAAGAAUCAACAAAAAGAAUAAUUCAAUAACACUGUCAACACUCAACAAUUCGCAAAUUCGAAUAAUAUUCAUUGAAAAAUUCAAAAGUUGUUAAGUGUUGAAAAAUAUUAAAUGAAGAGACAAUUACAGUCUCAUUACUUGAUGAAAAAAACCAAUGAUAAUUGGACCCUGUAACAUGUAGCUCUAAUUUUCCGUAUAAAAUUUUAUCGCAAAGAAGACAACGAUUUAUGAAUUUUUAUUCUCUCUCUCGCUCAUUUUCUACAUAAAUACCCUGUAGUUUAGCAGGUGACGAAUUCGCCUGAAAUUUCGUCACAAUGUUGAUCGUUAUAUUAUUUACCCUAAUAUUUUCGCGAAAUAUUUUUUACCGUAAUAUUUACACCGAAAAUUCUAAUGACCCGAUACUACGAUUGAUGAAGAAUUCAUAAUUAAUUAUAAAUUAUCAUGAUCGAGGCAUAAUUCGCCUGGGCAACCCCGACAAUUCAUUAGCGCAGAGACUGCAUUACGGAAGGACACGCAAAGGUCGCUGUGGCAAUUGCAUUAAAAUAGGCCUCUUAAACCCAUUUAAUUCCCAGCAGAAGUCCCUAAAAGUCACAACUCUAAUUACGUACGAAAAUAAAAAGAAACUCAAACAGUUUAAUUGCGACGAUUGUUCCAUAAUUUAUAUAUCCAAAAUGCGAAACGACAGUGAAAUGAUUAAAUCAAAGGGUCAAGGAGGAAUGCAGUAGUUUUAAACAGUCAUUAUCCUUCAACUGUGCCAGCAGUUGCGAUAACAACAAAGUCUAUUUUUACAAUUAACGUGCCUUGUCGAUGUGUCAAGUAAUGAGAUUGUUCUCAGUGGAUCAAUCGACGAAUUGAAAUCAUAUGUAUUAUGCAUAGAACGAUUGAUUGAUCGAGAGCAGCAAGGAGUGGAGAAUAAAAUGAGAAACGAAAAUAAUAGGGAAGCCCUGGCAUUAUCCCCCCUGCCUCGAUGAUGGAUGACAAUAAAUUAAUAUUUGAAUACUGAAUGUACACUUGAACAAUAUUUUUUGGUGGAAAAUCGGAUCAAUCGAAGCCUGACGAAAAAAAAAGAAAAUGAAGAGAAAAAGAAUAUCUCCAUUACCGAACAUUUUCUCUAUCUAUCUUUGUGCCAUUUAUCGUUGAACUGUGUGUCGAGGAAGAGUCAUAACUGGAUGUUUAUUUUAAAAUCGUCGAGCACACUGCAAUGAUGAAGAGAGGAUAAUUAUAACGAAUAAAAUGAAUCAUAAAUGCAACAAAUAAAACUUAAGAUAACGAAAAGAAAACAGUAAUUGAAUGAAAGAGUAAAUCUACGAGUGAGAGAUGCGAGUGUGAGAUCGUGUGAUACUAUUUCCUCAUAAUUUUCAACAUCGGAUUGAGAUAACUGGCUUUUUAAUUCUGCAAGAUGUAUGGAAAAGGAAAUUACGAACGGAGAUAUCUGUAGGAGUGUACUGUGUUGCUUAAAAUAAAUCAGAUAGUCACUAAA